CAGAGAGGACGUGGUAGGACAGGGGGAGUGCGCGCACCGCCCGCACUAAGAGCAAUAACAGCAUUCUCAGCGACAUCGCUCGAUUUACGCCAUGCAAAUAACACGUGAAAAUGAAACGGGACUGGUGCGCCAGAGAAUGUAAGACAUUUAUCGUGUAUCUGAUCUCCUAUGAUUCCUAUAAUUUAUGACUAACAAGAUUUGGGACGUUUCUACACAGUCGCCAGAUCUCAGGGAAUAAUUGAGUCUUAACCACCACGUAACUCGACAAACCCAAGCAGCAUGCCAGAGCAGAGUAACGAUUACCGGGUGGUGGUGUUUGGAGCAGGGGGAGUGGGCAAGAGCUCCUUGGUUCUGCGCUUCGUUAAAGGCACCUUCAGGGACACCUACAUCCCGACAGUGGAGGACACGUACCGGCAGGUCAUCAGCUGCGACAAGAGCGUAUGCACUCUGGAGAUCACCGACACCACUGGCAGCCACCAGUUCCCUGCGAUGCAGCGUCUGUCCAUCUCCAAAGGCCAUGCCUUCAUCCUGGUCUACUCCAUCACCAGCAGGCAGUCGCUGGAGGAGCUGAAGCCCAUCUACCAGCAAGUGCUGGCCAUCAAAGGUAACGUGGAGAACAUCCCCAUCAUGCUUGUCGGCAACAAGAGCGACGAGACCCAGCGCGAGGUGGAGACCAAGGAGGGCGAAGCUCAGGCAAACAUCUGGAAAUGCGCGUUCAUGGAAACAUCAGCCAAGACCAACACCAACGUGAAGGAGCUUUUUCAGGAGCUCCUGAACCUGGAUAAGAAGCGUGAUAUGAGUCUGAACAUGCGCUCCAGCAAGCAGAGACGUGCAGACAAGCUGAAGGCCAAGUGUAGUGUGAUGUAGGAGGAUGGAUCCAUCUAUUACUCAACAUGUAACUGACUUCUCCAAGUGUACAUAAGUCCCUCACCUUAAAGGAACAGUACGCGCUAAAAAAGAAACUUCUGUCAUCAUUUACUUAUUGUCCUGCCACCUUAACCCAUAUGACUUUACUGUUUCCAGGGAACACAAUUGGACUGGCUGCACUUAUCCAUGCAACUAAAAACCUUAAAAAGUUGUCCAUAUUACUUGUGAGAUAUUUUCCAAGUCUUAUAAGGGAGAUCAUAUGAUAUCAUAUGAUAACUGUGUUGAAUUUCAGAAUCCUGAUUCAUUCAGACCAAUUUUAUGAACUGAAUCUCCUUGAAAAGAUGCCAAACUAAACCAGGGUGAAUGUAAAACUGUAAAUUUAAAUUUAAAACUGUAAAGAGCACUCUUCAUAUGGACCACCUUUAUGAUACUUUGAUGGUGCAUUUGCACCUUUAUGAUUCUUUUAUUUCCUCUUUUUGUGUGUUAAACUGAAGUAAGCGACACAAGAGUGAGCAAAUGAUGACAGAACUUUCUUUUUGGGCGAACUCUCCCUUUAACUCUCCAUCCCUCUCAGUUUUAAUUAGGUAAUCUUUAGUGCGCAUCCAAACGUCAUCCAUCUCCCUUCCCCUGUAUGUUCUGGCUCCUGUAGUGACUGUGUGUAGAAGACUAUAAGAGCUGACACAUGACCCAGGGAGGACGUCCCACGAUUCUCACACAUGCUCUCUCUCUCUGCUGCUUUCUGUUAACUUUUUAUUGAAUUCAAGACGGACCGAAUCAUCAAUGUGGCCAUUUUUAAUGUCAGGCUGUGUCUUUAAUGGCACGGUUUCGAAAUGCAGACAGAAAUGUCUUGAACUGGUUCUGCAUCUUAUGGGUUCCUCACCCACAGGAAGAAAAGGCAUGGGCACAGCUGAAGAGGCGACACUAUCCGCUCUUCCAAAUUACACAUGUACUAUUAUCGCAGCACAAAAGAAGCCUGUUAGAAAUCGGAAAACAAUUCGGGACGGAGGACAUUCUUAGUUAACCGGCUUGCCAGUGAUGUAACCUGGUAUAACAGAGUAAAGUGCAUAAUGCAUGUCUGACGAUAUAAACUACCUUCAUAUUAAAUGUGAUUGAGAUAUUUUCAUCAAAAACAGAGCUAUACCUUAUUAAAGCACAGUGAAUAAGUCCUAAAUGUGAUCAUUUAUAAAAGGUUUUUAUUUUUUUGUGAUGGGGUGGGGUUCGGGUGUCGAUUGAUGUUUUAUUUUACUCUGUUUAGUUUUUCAAGUGUUGAUGGCACUCGGAAACCUUAAUAUAUGCAUUUCAUCAUCUAACUAAAAACAUAUAUCCUGUAUGUGAAAUCUAUGUGUAUUAUGAGCACUAAUGAAAGCCCCUGUACAGCCCCUGUUUUUCUGUCAGUGUCUAUAUUUCCUCAGAUUAUUUAAUGCCAUUUGCUUUAGCAAUACAUGAUAUUAAAGCACUUUUAGAAUCUUGAGCACAUUCAAAACACAGAGCAUUAACCUUUACAAAAAAAAGAUGUUCUUGUCAAACACUCUGCAUUUACAACUUUACUGCAGCUAAAGUGUUUAUUCAAUAAAUAUUAUGUGAGGGACCAGAAAAAUAAAGAAGCACAAACAAAAGGGAAAUAA